AUGGGAUUUUCAGCUGACGCUACUAACUCUAUGAAGUGUCUUCCCUCACAACAACGUCAGAAUUACUUGACAUUUGGAAAUGACAAGAACGACCAGCUUAAAUUUACAGGACAGUUACACAUUGAUUUGAAUCUUUCAAACAACUCUACUGAUAGAACAGAUAAUAUGGAAACUAGUCAUCCCAGGCUUUGGAUUGUUCUAAUUCCACAAAAGUGCAAAGAGGACCUGGGAAGCUCUUUGUCAUCCUUAAAGUCAAAAAGAGUGAAAGGUUGCCAUUUAGUUGAUGAUAGAUCUGAGUCUAGCUGGGGUUUCGUGUCAGAGGUUGAUAGGACUAAUUCUUGUUUUGUGGGAUGCUCAUGGGGUGUUUCGAGCGGAAAAAGUUCAGUAGAGCUUCCAUAUGGUGACUCUUUGAUUGUCCAAGAAAAGAAUUCUGAGAAACUCAAAGGGGAUUAUUUAGAUUUAGAAGCUCAAGUCAACAAUGAACAGCUAUCAACUAAACAAUGCUUUAGAAUCAUGCUGAUGAAUAUUGCUGAUGAUGCUAAGAAAAUGCACCUUACAAAGGUAAUUGAAGCCCUUGGUGGCACUGUUACCUCUGAAGGAAGCAUGACCACACAUAUUGUCACAGGCAAAGUGAGGAAAACUUUGAAUUUCUGCACUGCCCUCUGCUCAGGGGCAUGGGUGGUCUCAUCAGAUUGGUUAAAAGAAAGCUGUCGUGAAGGCAAAUUUAUUGUUUUCCGUGCAAAAGCCAACCCCCGAGCUUUAUUCAAGGGGUACAACGUGUGUAUUGCAGAGCAUGUUCAACCUCCUGCUAAAACACUAUCUGCAAUUGUGAGCUCUGCUGGUGGCAUUGUUAUUCGUGGGUUGAAGAAAGUAAAUGAAACAUCCUCAACCAUUUUUGUGACAUGUGAAGAAGAUAUGGAAGAAGCAAUGGUAGCUGCAAAGAAGGGGAUCCGAACUUUCAGUAGUGAGUGGUUUAUGAACUGUGUCAUGAGACAAGAACUUGACAUGGAGGCCUUUCAGUUUGCAGAGUCCUUAUGAGGAUGGUGACUUGCCGAGUGAUGAUUAACAUGAUUUCUUGUGAUGCAGAAUUAGACCAUAUCUAUCGUCACCCAUGUAUAUUUUUUGCCUCAUGGAUUCAUACCCCUAAAGAGAGAGUUCUAGUGCAACUCGAAAUUUGACCAUGCGGGUAAUAUGACAAGGUAGCCCCGCCGGCGAUUGUUCUAGUUUUGGGCUUGUAACUGGAUUUAUCGCUGAUUUUGCCAGAAACGUUGCAAAUCUACUUGAGAUGUAUAGAGAAAGAGACCUGUGUGGUUGGAGAAAUGGAAAAAAGAUCUUGUUAUCCUUA